AUGGCUGCUUUACGAAAAUUAGGAAUGGAGCUGGGAAAAUUGAGCCUCGUCAAAAACUCGUUGAUUCCUCUUCAACCAUGUCGAAGUUUUCAAACAUCAUUUCGAUUAGCAGAUUCGAUUCGAGACAAUCAUCGACAAGGAACUAAAUUAGGAGGUGUACAAUUGGAAACAAUGGAAGGAACAACUGGAGCUGGAAUACAAACAUCAGUGAAUAUGAAUUCGAUUGAAGCGCGACUUCCAACAGCAGAAACAUUGAAAACACAAUUUGAUGGAAUUCCUUAUAAUGAAUUGCCGAUUGUUUAUGUGAAAGCGACUAAAAAUAAUACACUUGUUACGGUUAUGGAUAAUAAGGUGAGAAAUCAGAUUGAAAUUUUUGGAGACAAGAUGUAUUUUAAAAUAUUAUACGUGAUUUGAAGAAUGAAUCUUCUUAAUUUUGAGUUGGUCAAAAAUUUAAACCAAAUAUUGAAUUUUCUGUAAAACACUCCAACCUUGGCCAAAAUCAUGGUUUCCAAAAUUAAAAAUUGUACGCUAACUUUUUACAGUAUGAAAAUUGUGAAUGUUUCAGUUUUUGUCCUAUAAAAACUAAAAAUUAGAUUUUUUUUUUCAAAAAUUGUACUCUGGCCAGCCACGGAUUGGCCAAGGUGUGAAAACACUGAUAGAAGUCCAUUGUGAAAAUUUCUAGAAAUAAAAAAAUAAAUAUUAAAAUUCUGAAAAGGCAACCUUUUCAUUUUAACAUUUCAAAUCCGUUUUUCUUUCAGAACGAAGUGAUAACCUACACUUCAUGUCGUAUGGAAGGGUUCAAAAACGCGCGAAAAAAGACAACAAUCGCUGGACAAACAACUGGUGUUGCAGCCGGUCAAAGGCUUGUCAGAAGAGGAAUUCGAACUGUUCGAGUACAAGUAAAAGGAAUUGGACCGGGUCGAAUGACAUCGAUUAAAGGAUUAACUGUGGCUGGUGUUAGAGUUGUUAGUAUCACAGAUCAUACACCAUUGGCUGAAUUGGGACCAAGACCAAGAAAAAUUCGAAGAAUUUAG